UCCACCUCAGCACGACGCCGUGGCCGGGCAACCAUUGGCCGACAGUUCAUUAGAGAACAUCACAGACGAAAUGCGGUCUAACAUCGCUCGCGUGCGCAACUGCAUCGCAGCGCUUGACAGGCAGAUGUCGGCCAUCUACAACACCAGCGUGUCGAUUCUAUUUGAUGUAUCACUGAAGUACAGACCACAAGAGCUGCUCACGCCGGCGAUUCAGGAGGAGCUCAUCCUGGAGCUCAAGGCAUUACUGGAAUAA